AUGACAGUGAAGGCUCCAUGGGUGUGCCAUUUGCACAAUCAAACGAAAACAAUUUCCAACAUUUUUUUACAGGAAGGAGAUGCAGUUGAUGCAGAGAGUGACAAAGAUGAGACAGUUACUGCUUUAAUUGAUGAACAAAGUGGUGAAGAACUUUUAUGUGCUCAAUAUUUGCAUAAGACAGCUGUUAAACCGUCUGCGAUGAAAAAUAAAAAGAUCAGACAAAGUGUAGAUGAACCUUUUACAAGACCUGUAACACCUGCAACUAGGCCAUACAAAACACAGUCCAAUAUAGAACUCUCUACACAUCAACCAGAAGUUCUUAUUUCUCAGGAGAGACCUCGCACAUCAUCUUCAAAAGGUAGUAGAAGACCACCAGCAGAACAAGCAAGAGCAAGAGAUGCAAAGCCGAAUGCUCACAGCAAGCAGCGUCAAGGAGGCAAAAGUUUCAAACAAGCUUUUGCUACUCGUCCGAAAAUACCAAGAACCCCAGACACUGGCAGUGAAAGUGGUUCGCGUCCAACUUCUUCCACCGAAGUGCCACCAUUAACACGUUCGAUUUCACCACCACGACCUGCGAGUGGGAAAGCUCCAAAAACUUCAAGUAGAACCUCACCACGAUAAGAGAUUGGAAUCGAAUUAUUUAAACACCAACAAAAAUUUUAUAACGUUUAUUUAUCUUAGAAUAUAUCUUGCACAUUUUUUAUGGAAAAAAUGAAAGAACAUGUUUUUGAUAGGAGACGCCUGUUUAGGAUUCACUAGUUUUUGUACAUAGCUAAAAGUCGUUGAUUGAAUAAGUGAUUUUGUAAAGAAGGUCUUAUCAAUGGUUUUCUAUCUCGUCAUGUAACGACGUACCAAAAAUUCCGAAAUUUUUUUUCUUUAAGCAAACUUUUUUGUGUAUCUCAUUAUGCCGAUCCUUAUAAUACAACUUCAUGUAUAUUACGAAUUGUAAAUUAUGAAAUUUUUAGCCUGCACUGUGUUAUAUGAAUUGGAGAGAUUAUUGGUACAUAAUGUAUUAAGACAGAAUUUGAGUUUUUUUUAUCAGAACAUUAAUCCCUAUAAAACACCUCACCCAAUGUUGUUGGUUCUGUUAUCAGCAAGUUCUUAAAAUAUGUUUAAAAUGUUAGUUAUAUAAAAUUCUACUCUGAGUAGCACGAUAAAUGUGAGUGAGUUAACUAGAAAACGAAGAGAUAAAAAAUAAAUAACUGUAUAUGGUUGCUAUAAACUGUUAUGUUAUUUGUUUCAAAACUCUCCCUCGUUUUCGAUGCUUUCCUGUAAGUCUGCGAUAGUUUUGUUAGAUUAAUACCCUAUGUUGUUAUGGUAGAAUAAUAUUGAUAUUUAUUCAUGAGUUCUUCUGAUGAGUUGAAUCACAAAGGAUGAAUGUGAUGUAGUGUCUGGUGAGAUGCAAUUAUAUCUGGUAUUUUAUGUUAUAUUUCAUAUAGUCGACUAUAGAACAACAACUGUUUUAGUGGGGUUUUUUUGGAAAUGAAAAUUCGA